AUGUGCUGCCGAUCGGGGCAUCUACAUUGCAGCAUUCUGCCCAUUAUCGCCUUCCUGGUGCUCUCAGCCACCCGGUGCCAGGCGCAGAGCACUCCACUGGUUCUGGAUGAAGAGGACAUUGGUGCUACCAGUGGGCAUGGUUCAGUGAACCCCAUCUAUUCUUCUUCCUCUGACGGGUCACAGGGGGUUCUGGGUGUUGCUCAGGAGGAGCUUCCAGAUGCUGGCACAGCAGGGUACCCACCAACUACCCAGAGGGGCUGCCAACGCACAUGUAUCAACUUAUUGAUGCCACCCUCUACCUUUCAGUUACAGCCUCCUGCCACUGUGCCCAGACUGCCUCUUUCUACACCAACACUAGGAGAACUGCCCUUGCCAGAGGGCACAGAGUCCUAUCCUACCCCGGUGCCCCCAUCAAUUACCCCCACCCGGCUUGCUGCCAUUUCCCCUCCUGAGCCCACAUCUCUUCCCUCCAUACCCAUCAUCCGUGCCCUCUCUCACCCCUCUGUGCCAGCCCGUAGCCCUGUGCCCUCUCUCACAGCCCGGCACAGGUCCGCCCGCUCCUCUCUGCCCCAAGCCAUAUCCUCGUCCUACACCGUGCGGGUCCCGGCAGGGGGCGCCCUUGGGGAGACCAUAUUCACUGUCCCGGACAGGAGGUACCGGGGCAAGUGGUUUGAGAUCAGCUGGCCGAGCGACCCCCCGGUGCGGAUAGAGAGCGGCUCCGGGCGGCUGUACCUGGCCCACAAGCUGCAGGGAGGACAGACGGAGAUACAGGUGAAGGUGCACAGCCUGGAGCAAGACAGCGACUGGUACUUGUGCCACCUAACAAUCGUUGUUCCCAGAGAGGAGAGCUUGGAGUGGACCAUGUACCCAUUCCCGUACCUGGCUUGUGUGGACCCUGAUGCACCAAGAGGCACUUUUGUGUACCAGCUGUUGGCCCAUUACUACAAUGAUGAGAGCUCUGGGGGCGGGAUUUCUUACUAUCUCAUGGAAGGUGCGGACCAGAGGUUUCAAGUUAAUAAGGAUACCGGAGUUAUCAGUACGACUGGUUUACCGUUGAUCUGGAAUAAGGAAUAUGCUCUCACAGUGCAGGCUAUUGACAGACAUGGGAAGAAGAGCCCACACGCAUCUAUCUCUAUCCUGGUUGGAUUGCGUCCUCCACAGUUUACCAAUAUGACUUACAGUCUGUUUGUCCCAGAGAGCACAGCAGUCGGGGAGAAGAUAGCAGUUGUGGAAGCUAUAUCCUUCCAAGGAAAACCCCUCAUCUAUACCUUGCUGAUGAAUCCAAGCGGCCUGUUCACUAUUAGCCAGAAAUGCGGAGAGCUGAGCCUGACGCACGCUGUGGAUUACGAGAGUGAACAUCAUCUGUACCACUUGCUGGUGAAAGCCCUGGAGGCGGAGAGCGGAUUCAGCAGUGUCACUGAGGUACUGAUUCACAUCACUGACGAUAAUGACUGCUCUCCCGAGUUCCUCAGGUCUAUUUACACCCAAGACAAUAUUUUAGAGAAUAUUCCUGUGGGCACAUCCCUGUUACAAGUUACUGCACAGGACUGUGACUCCGGAAACAACGCAGAGAUUUCCUACUUCACUCAGAGCUCUGAAUUUUCCAUCACAUCACAAGGAGUCAUUCAUUCCAGCCAGCGACUAGAUUAUGAGCGAGCCAACCACAUGUAUGAGUUUGUGGUAGUAGGUGUGGAUAAAGGAAAUGUCCCUCGUACAGGAACGGCGUCUGUGCGCCUACGCAUGGCCAAUAUCAAUGACGAAGCUCCUGUGUUCUCACAAACUACAUAUAACACUUUCCUGUCGGAAGAUGCUGGACCAAACACCUUGGUGGCAACAGUCCAUGCUAGAGAUCCUGAUGGAGAUGGGGUGUCAUACUUUAUUGUUGAAGGGAAUGAAGAGGGGAAUUUUGAGCUGGACAGCCAGAAAGGUAUCUUAAAACUUCGUAGAACACCUCUACCAAGGUUGACGAAAGCUCAGUAUACAUUAAAUAUCUCUGCGUUGGAUGAUAACUCCUCAGGUGGACCUUUGCCUUUAAGCAGCUUUACUCAAGUGAUUGUGGGAAUCAAUGACGUCAAUAACAACAAGCCCAUCUUCAGUGAGUGUCUUCAGUACAGCGAGAACACUUGGGUUUUGGAGAACCAGCCUCAUGGCACCUUUGUCCUACAAGUAGAAGCCUUUGAUGCAGACACUGGUUUGAACGGAGAGAUGAAGUACGGAAUAAUGCAUAGAGAAGGAACAAGCCUAGCAUUUAACAUUGAUGCAAAUACAGGUGUCAUCACCACAGCUCAAAGCUUCGACAGGGAGAGGCAAAGAGAGUACACCAUUUCCGUGACCGCCACGGACCAAGCUCAGGAGCCCCUCAUUGGCAUCUGCCAAGUUACCAUCUGUAUCGCAGAUGUCAAUGAUAAUGAUCCCAAAUUUGAGAACAGUCGCUACCAAUAUUUCCUGCGUGAGGACACGAUGGUUGGGACAAGUUUCCUUCGUGUUGCUGCUCUGGAUGAUGAUCAUGGAGUCAACGCUGCCAUCACAUACACAAUACUAGCACAGCAACCAGAGUAUUUCCAGAUACACCCCAGCAGCGGAUGGGUUUAUGUGAGCUAUCCGAUAUCCCAGACCUCUCGUAUCAUGCGCCACAUCAUUGCCACGGAUGGGGGUAACCGGAGCACCAGUGUGGAACUGACCGUAACCAUCACUAAUGUUCUCAACCAGCCUCCACAGUGGGAACAGGCAAGAUAUUGGGUCUCCAUCCCUGAAAACAUUACGCGUGAUUCAAAGAUUGUGACCGUGAAAGCCACAUCUCAGCUCGGUGACCCCCGAGUCACAUACAACAUGGAAGAAGGGCUCAUUCCAGAGACCAAUAACCCUAUUCGGUUCUACCUGAAGCCUAAUAGAGCUGAUGGCUCAGCCUCCCUACUAGUAUCUGAACCCUUGGAUUAUGAGGGGACCAAGUUCUUCACCCUGAAGAUUAGAGCUCAGAAUGUGGCUACAGUCCCACUGGCAUCUUUUGCAACUGUUUAUGUUAAUGUGACAGAUGUUAAUGACAAUGUUCCAUUCUUCACAUCAUCCACUUAUGAGGUGACUUUACCGGAAGGAGUAGAGAUGGGAUCAUCAAUAGCACAAGUUAUAGCUACAGAUCUAGACUCUGGCCUGCAUGGAAAGGUUCAAUAUGUGAUACUAAGAGACCCCAAUGAGGACUACGGACAUUUUACGAUUAACCCAGAGACAGGAGUUAUAUACACAAGAGCUUUAUUUGACAGGGAGAGACAAGUAUCUUACCUCAUAGAGGUCCAGUCUCAGGACUCCUCAGAAUCCGCACGCCCAGGAAUGCAAGGACACCCAAACACAGAUACAACCUAUGUGAGGAUACUUGUAAGUGACGUCAAUGACAAUGCCCCAGUGUUCCCACAGCAGAGAUAUGAAGCCAGUGUGGAAGAGGAUAAGGAUGUAGGUUAUGUUGUAAUGACUGUAAGUGCUACUGAUGAAGAUGAAGGUGCCAACGCCAAACUAAGAUACCAGAUUACCAGUGGAAAUGCCAAGGGCAUAUUUGAUGUGGAACCAGAGAUUGGAAGAAUAUUUAUUACCCAGAGUCUGAACUAUGAGCAGGAUACGAAGUUCGAGCUCAGGCUGGUGGCUUCGGAUGGAAAGUGGGAAAACCACACUCUUGUGGUCAUCAAUGUCAUCAACCUAAAUGAUGAGGCCCCAGUGUUCACACAGAUGGAGUAUCAUGACAGCAUCCUGGAGGAACUGACAGAUCUUCCUGUGCUUGUACUACAGGUUUCAGCUUCCGAUCCUGACCAAGAAGCAGAUCAGAAAGCUCUCCAAUAUUCUCUGCAUGGACAAGGAGCAAACAGUGAGUUUAUCAUUGACCAGUUCAGCGGAAAAAUAUACGUGCAGCAAAAGCUAGACCGAGAACAGCGUGCGCGCUGGCGCUUCCUUGUACUUGCUACUGAUGAGAAUGGGGAAGGUUUGACCGGCUUUGCUGACGUGGUGGUUGAUGUCAAAGAUGUAAAUGACAACCCACCAAUGUUCCUGUGCACCUCUGAUGACUGCUUUGUGGGCUAUAUUCCAGAGAACUCACCUGCCGAUACUACAGUGAUGGAGAUGACAGCUUUAGACUUGGAUGACCCAAAAUCAGGAAAGAAUGCUGUGUUGACCUACAGAAUUGUCCAAAAUGUUCAAAAUGAGAUUAACCUUAAUUUAUUUGCAAUUAAUCCAUCUACUGGUUCCAUAUACACCAUGCUGGGAUCUCUGGACAGAGAGAAAGAGGACCGAUACUUGAUUGUUGUAGAAGCUAAAGAUGGAGGAGGUCUUCCUGGGACAGGCACUGCCACCAUCCUAGUGUCUGAUGUGAAUGACCAUGCACCAGCUUUUACACAGAAGAUUUAUACGGCCUUUGUUCCUGAAAGUUCAGGUGUUAACAGCGAAGUGUCCAUUUUACAUGCCUGGGACAUCGAUGAAGGGGAAAAUGCAAUGAUGGCUUUCAGCAUCAUCGGAGGAGACAAUGACCGCAAGUUUUUUAUAGAGACUGAUAAAAUUCAGAAACGAGGUAUCAUUCGUCUUAGGAAAAAGAUGGACUACGAAAAACCCUAUGAAAGAUUAUUUAAUUUGACAAUAAAAGUAGAAGACAUGGACUUUUUCAGCAUCGCCUACUGCAUCAUCCACGUUCAAGACUCAAAUGACCAGGCUCCAACGUUCCAUCCACAUUUUUAUGACGUUGCCCCGUUGUCGGAAGAUGUCCCUGUUGGCACAACGGUGGUCCAGGUUUCCGCAGUAGAUUUAGAUUCCGGACUAAAUGGGAUGUUCACUUAUCACAUUCUAAAUUCUUCAGAUCCCAGUAGCCAGUUCUCAGUUGUUGGUGAUGGUUAUGUUAUGGUCUCCAGUCCAUUAGACAGGGAAACAUUUCCUCAUCACCAGUUGGUGGUCCUUGCUACGGACAUGGGGGAGCCACAUCUCACCGGAAGUGCCACCGUCCUCUUCAGCCUUGAAGAUAUCAAUGAUAAUGCUCCAGAAUUUGAAGCUCAGUAUAGUCCUAUGAUAUGGGAAAAUACAGAGUACCCGCAUGUUGUACAAAUAAACAAAUCCUCUACAUUGUUAUAUGCUAAAGACAAUGAUACAGAAGCCAAUGGUCCUCCAUUUGCUUUCCAUUUACUGAGCGAUCCUCUGGAAGCCAGAUUCUUCAGUUUAAAGGACUUUCACAAUGGAAGUGCGAUGAUCACUGCUUUGCGUAGCUUUGACCGAGAAUUGCAUAAGGUGUUUUACUUGCAGAUAUUAAUUACGGAUAGUGGAAGCCCUCCCAUGACUUCAACAAAUACCUUAACAAUCCUUAUUGGAGACAGGAAUGAUCACCCUCAUUCUCCUGGACACCUGGACUGCACUGUGUACAGUUAUAAAGGGAUACUUCCAACAGUGGUUCUUGGAAAGGUUCUAGCACCAGACCUAGAUGACUGGGAACACAAAAUGUAUUAUCUGGAAACUAAAUCAAGGCUCUUCUCGCUCCAUGAUGUCUCUGGCUUACUGACCCUGAGAGAAGGAGCCAUGCCUGGCAUUUAUAAGCUGAGGGUGAGAGUGACAGACGGGAUGUGGCCUGAUGUGAUCUCUACAGUGAAGAUUGUACUGGCUGGCAUAACUGAGGAAGAUGCUCGGAAUGCUAUAGGAAUAAGAUUACAAGGUAUCACGGCAGAGGGGUUCAUAGCUCGGACCCAAGGGACCAUUAGCAGAUAUGAGCAGAUGAGGGAUAUGCUAUCAGAAAUAAUUCCCAGUGUGCAAGAUAACGUCCAUCUGUUCAGCGUAUUGAACGUUCCCGGUCUCUCCAAUUCUACAGACGUGUGGUUUUCAGUUUCCGGCCCUCCGAAUCACCAAGCUAAAAAACUGAAUGGCAUUGUGGCCUCCCACCAAUACAAGUUAGAAUCUGCACUGGGUGUCCGGAUGGCUCAGAUUGGAGAGCAGGAGUGUGAGACUGCGCAGUGCAGCCACAAAACUGGGUGUGUCGCUGAGAAUACAUAUAAGCAUCUCCCCACCAUGGUCAGAUCUGCCAGUGUCUCCUUGGGAUCAGUGACUGUGGUGACUCACGUUCAUUGCUCCUGCCCUUCCCGAGAGCAUCAGCACUUUUCCUGCUCCUCCUAUGAAUUCAGUCCAUGUCUUAAUGGGGGCACCUGCAUAGACACUGAUCUUGGAUAUAGGUGCGAAUGUUCCCCAUUGUAUGAUGGACCCGAAUGUCAGCAAACAAAACGCACAUUUACAGGCCAGGGCUACGCCUGGUUUCCUCCCAUGUUGCUCUGCUUUGAAAGCCAGAUCUCGUUGGAUUUCAUCACAGAAGUAGCGGAUGGUCUGCUCCUGUACAACGGUCCUAUGGCAGCCAGCAGUCGUGGAGACUCCCAGGAUUUCAUUGCUCUAGAGCUCCAGAACGGAACGCCUUGCCUGGCUAUUAACCAUGGUUCUGGAUCGAUAUUCCUGGAGUUUGCCAAGAAAGUGAAUGUGUCAGACCGGCGGUGGCAUAACUUAAAGAUCACAAGCAAUGGAAAGGAAGUGAAGAUGACCCUGGAUCAUUGUGCCGAAGCCACGGAGAAUGGAAAUGUUGGUUUUCAUGGGACACCUACAGAUCGGUCAUUGUGUGAGGUUUCUGGAGAAACUCCUGGGAGCAUAAGGUUCCUUAAUGUUUACCAGCCACUGCAGCUUGGCGGAGUAAAGACAUUCCCAGCAAGUGUUCAUGCUUCCAUCCACUUGAAGGGCUUUACUGGUUGCAUCAGGAGUCUGCAGGUUGAUAGCAAGGUCUAUGACUUGGAGCAGCCUGUGGAGUCAGUAAACAGUGCUGCCGGAUGUGCUAUAACAGAUGAGCUGUGCGGUGUCACUGGAUCGCCCCCUUGUGGAGGUCAUGGAUUCUGUAUAGGUGAAUGGAAUUCUGCUAAAUGUGACUGUCAUCCCGGUUACUAUGGGGAGCACUGUGAUUCAGCUCUACAGGAAUGGACCUUUGAAAGAGGAAGUUGGGUCCAUCUUGUAAUCCAUCGCUCUCUCAGCCCGCACAGUACGUACGUACAACUUAUGGUGCGCACACGACUGUCUUCCUCUACUAUCCUCCACUUGGCUUCAAAAGACAGAACUUCUUUCCUGCGGCUGGAGGUUGCUGGAGGACAUUUUGCUGUUUACUUCAACUUUGGAGAGCGGAACUAUGUGAUCAGACUGCCAGAUCUGCGAAUAGAUCACGGCCAAUGGACGCUUCUGAACCUGGAGCGUUAUGAGAAUGUAUUCACAUUACGUAUUGACAGAGGGGGUGGUGUCCGAGAAGUAACGUCUGAGGUUGGGAAGAACGGGCUGUUUGAUGCUGAUACAUCCAGUGUUUUGCUAGGAAACAGCUUACCGCAACAAGCAGAGAAUGGUUUCCAGGGAUGUCUGCGCGACCUACGCAUCAAUGGACACUGGCUGCCAUUGGGUGAGGAAGGGAACGAGCACAGCUCAGUGGUCAGCUUGCAGGGGAUCAGUAAUGGCUGUCACACGGACGUGUGCAGGAGCCUGCCUUGUCCGUCCCAUCUUCUCUGCAUCGAUUUAUGGAGAAAGCAUGAUUGCAGAUGCCCAGCAGACAAAGUGGAAGUGAUGAAUAAUGUAACAGGGCAGAAGCAGUGCCACCCGUCACCCUGCACAAAAUGGAGCUGUAGGAACGGGGGCACUUGUGUGGUGCAUUCCCAGAAUAAAUACAUCUGUCAGUGCAAGAAUGGAUACAAGGGGAGGGUCUGCGAGAACAUGCACACCAAGAUGGGGAAGUCUAUCGGUCUGAGCUCAGGAUCCAUUCUAGCCAUCAGUAUGUGUCUUCUGAUCUUCAUAGCCUUGUUGGUCUCCUACACAGUGUGGAGUCAAUGGGGAAGGUCGAAGUUUCGUAAAGGAGGGGUUUACCACAUACCCGCAGAACAUGAGAGCUGGGAGGACAUCAGACAUUAUAAUGAAGAAGGUGGAGGAGAACAUGAGCAGCGCUGGAAGAAAGCAGAUAGACUAAGUGGAGCAGUAAUCAACAAUGACACAAAGGUUACAAAUGGUUAUGACCCUCAGAAACUCAAAAAACCAAUAAGAGCAAAUACCCAUCAACUAUGUUCUGCCUCAAAUGAUCCCAGAAUUUCAAAGUUGUGUCACAGCCCUGACCAUUUACUCAGUGUAGAUAGAUCCAGAGGACCAGUGCACCCUGAAGAAGCUGGCACAAAGACCAGCAUCCCCUACUUUCAGGCGUACAUGUCCCAGAUUGUUUCGGCCAUGGAUAAUGAUAAGAAAAGUCACCCACCGGAUGCCCUUCACAUUUACUCUACAGAGGGCAAUGGCUCGGUAGCCGGCAGUCUCAGUUCUCUGUACUCUUCCUGUGCUGAUGAAGACUUCAGUUACGAAUACCUUUGUGAAUGGGGAUCAAAGUUUGACAGACUCAGAGAUCUGUACCAGACAUCAGAUCCACAAACAUAAGGCCCAGCUCAGCAUUAAUUUAUACCUUAGAACAUUUUUAUAUGGAAUGUACAAUAAACGUAUU